AUGUUCCCCAGUGUGGAUCAUGUGCUGUAUCAGCUCCCUGGGUUGGGUGUGCAGCCCCUCCUCAUGGGGGAUCUCCAGGGCUUUUUCUCUCCCUUCAUUUGGCCACAGCUUGAGAAUGACAAAUCCUGGUUUGGGGAAAAAAAGAAGGGGGGGCACUUUUGAGGCACAAAGGCUGCAUCAGCACCUCCUCUGACUCCCUCUGCUUCCAAAGGGGAGGCCAAAGAGGAGGAAGACAGCAGUGAACUUCCUGCUGUUCUGGGGGACGAUGGUGAACUUCCCUCUGUACCGGGAGAUGAUGAUGGCAGUGAACUUCCCGCUGUUCUGGGAGGCAAGGGCGAACAUCCCGUGGUUUGGGAAUAUGAUGGCAAGGCUCCCGCGGUGUGGGACAAGGACAGUGGACAUCUCCUGGCAUGGGACGAGGAUGGUGGAGGUCGCUUGACAUUGGACGAGAAUGACCAAGCUCCCAUGGUGUGGGACAAGGAUGACGGACAUCUCCUGGCAUGGGAUGUCAACAGAGGACAUCCUGUGCCUUGGGAAGAGGAGAGUGAACAUCUCCCAGCAUGGGAAGUGGACAGUGAACGUCGUGUGGCUUGGAAAGAUGACGGUGAACCUGCAGCAUUCUGGGAAAAGAAUGGAGAACCUGCAGCAUUUUGGGAAGAGGAUGGAGAACAUCCCUCUGCUUGGGAAGAGGACACUGAACCUCCCUCUGCUAUGGGAUCCUGGGCUGAACAUUCUGACAGCAGCACAGCUCUGCAACCAGAGGGGAGAGAGGAGUGGUGCCUGAUGCAGCUGAGUACGUCUGCUCUGUUUCUGUGUGCCAGAGCAGGGUGCCGGAACAUCGUGAGCGUGGGGGAGCCUGCCGAGAAAUACCUGGAACUGGAGCAGAUUGGCCAAGGGGCUUUUGGAACCGUUUAUAAAGGACUCGACAGGGCCACUGGAGGAGAGGUGGCCAUGAAGAAAAUGAGUCUGAGAGAGAAGAACAGGGAACGAGCUGUGAAUGAGAUUCUGGUCCUGAAGGACAAGAAGAACCCCAACAUUAUCAACUCUUUGGACAGCUUCCUUGUUGAUGGAGAUCUAUGGCUGGUGAUGGAAUACAUGGAUGGAGGAACUUUGCAGGACGUUGUCAGACAGACACGCAUGGCUGAAGGAGAGAUGGCAGCUGUCAGCCAGGAGUGUCUGCAGGGCCUGGAUUUCCUCCAUUCAAACCAGGUGAUCCACAGAGAUCUGAAGAGCUCCAACAUCCUUCUGGGAAUGGAUGGCUCUGUCAAGCUGGCUGAUUUUGGCCUCUCUGCUCAGCUCAGCCCUGAGCAGGACCAGUGCAGCUCCAUGGUGGGCACUGCUCACUGGAUGGCCCCAGAAGUUGUGACCAGUUCUCCUUAUGGCCCCAAGGCGGACAUCUGGUCUUUUGGCAUUGUGACCAUAGAGAUGGUGGAAGGAGAACCGCCUUACUUCAAGCAAACGGGGGCCAUGGCUCGGGCUCUGAUCCGGCAGAAUGGGACCCCGCAGCUGCAGGAGCCCAGGCGCCUGUCGGCUCUGCUGCGGGACUUUCUCGAGUGCAGCCUGGAGCUGGAUGAGGAGCAGCGCUGGUCUGCCCAGGAGCUGCUGCAGAACCUCAUGGAAGAGGCCGUUUUGAGCAGCUCCACUGCACAGGAAUGCAAUGGAGAGGAAAAGCCCCUGAGAUCCCCCAAGAGGAGAGGCUGCAAACCUAGCCCAGGGAGCUGCAAGGAGAAAAACCCUUUCUGUGCCGGGAAGAUCAAAUUGCUGGUAGCUCCAAAGAUGGGUGUGCUGGAUGCAGAGAUCCAUGGGGAUACAGAGAUCCACCUGCAGGCCCUGGAGGAGACACACUGA